GGGCGACACGGCGUAAUGGAAAUAAAAGAAAAUAAUAAUAUUAUUGGGGGGGGUAGAAAGGGACAGCACGAGUACGACGGGAGGUCACGGAUGCUGUCUGAGUAGGCGGUCAAGGGCGUCUGGUUGACAGUUGACUAGACCGCUCGAAGGACCAAAGGGCAAAGGGGGCGAAGAGGGGGGCAAAGGGGGCAAAGGGAGUUGCUGAUUGCUCAUGGCCAAUUCUGACCUGUUUUUCGCCUGUUUUUCUGCAGCUGUGGCCUUUCCAGAGACAGCGUCCGAGUCGGGUCUAGGCGCCUGGGUAAGCGAGCCAAUCGUCAUCUCCUUUCGGCAAUUGGUGCCACUUCAUCCAUCAUCCAUCGUCCUACGAGAGCACGCCAGGACGGCUACGGGACCGGGCCCGCCACGAGCAACCAUGAUGAGGACGAGAUGGAGGACUGAUGGCUGGAGGAUGGAUGGAGGAUAAGAGAUGACCAUCGGUGCCCUGUUUCUGGCCUGCUGGGGAGAGGCUGAGGUUAAUUGAUCUGCGCUCCGGGCUUCAUCAGUCUGGUAUAGCAAACCCCCCUCCACGUGGGAAGGGGAAGGAAAAGAUAGUCAGGCUC